GAGACGAGAGGAGGAGACUAGAGGAGGAGACUAGAGGAGGAGAUGAGAGGAGGGUUGAAACCUCGGUUAUAAGGCUGGAGCACUCAUCAAUUUUUGGACAUCUGGUUUAGGAAGUGCCAUAGCCAGACAUAAGAGAUACGGUCAGCAUGUUGGUGGUGUGUUUUGCUGUGAUCUUCAGUCUGGUCUCAAUGAGCCAGACGGCACCUUCUUCUAAAACCUGUGAGAGGCUCCUGAAACCCCUUGCAACCACAGAUUCGAUUUUUGGGAAAUGGUCCUUGCUAGCCAUGAGUAAUAACCGACCAGGUCUAAGGACUUUCAAUGAGCUCUUCACUGAAAAUAUCUGGUGGGAAUUCUUGCCCGGGGAACUCCACAACAAAAUCAAUGCCAACAGUUAUGCCAAAAUUGUAGAAUGUGGUCGGUACAACGCCACUCUAACUGUGGAAGGCAACCAGCUGAGCUGGACGUACAUUCCAUCACUGUCUUCCACUGCUGUGUUGCUGCCUACCUGUCCGGACUGUCUGGUGUCCCUGAUAACCAGCACCAUCAAUGGAAACGUCUACACUGCUCUGAGAAUCUUCAGUAAGAGACGGGUGCUCACAGAUGAUGAAAUGCUGGAGUUUGAUACACAAAUUGAAUGUCUCAAAUUGCCACCUAGAUACACUGUCAAUCCCAAAGAAGACCUUUGUCCAGCCAACACUCAGCCAUUUCCUGAAACAAAUGACUUCAAGAUGGCCCUUUUGGACUUCAUGGAGAUGAAUGCAGUCAAGAAAAUAUUGAGAACAACUGAUAAUUUCUUUGAGAGGAGAUACAGUGCAGUUGUGUUGAAUUGUUUUCAACGUGUUGGUCAAGCAUUUGAUAAGGUGAAGGACUGGUUUCUCAGCUUCCUGUAGGUUUUCAGUCCUCUAACCUCACAUAACUGUUUCUGCUAGUUAAUAUUGCAAUGAGCAGUCAGUGUGUAUAAUCUGGGGUGUGUAGUUCUUUUUUUAGAACCACUUAGUCCCAUAAAGGAUCCUUCCAAUUCACCCUUUAUGACGUGAAGAGCAAUAGGACUCUUUUAUCUUUGAAUGGUUGUUCUAGAAACCCCCCAUGUUCCUGAACUCCGCGCCCAUUUAUAAUUAAGCUGAUUAUGACCACCCAAUCUGUUCUAUUCGUUGCCUUUCUGCUAGAAGGUUUUCUCAGCUGGAACAAGAGCAUUCCUCGUAAGACUUCCACUGUACAAGUGCGGACCGUUGUGUGUACCUUCUUAUGUUUUACAGUUUUUCUGAAUCGCUAAACAUUAAAACUCAUUCUCUGAACCAAA